AGUUGUACUUUUCAGGAUAUCCGGAAAGUUACUGAGCGGUAUCUGGAUAAAAUGUCGCUUAAACAAAACGAUUAUGUCUGGGCGAAGAUGAAAGGAUAUCGAGAAUGGCCCGGGAAGAUCUCUAUUAUUGUUAAACCAAAUUUGCAUAGCGCCUGGAUAGCUGAAGACCAACUUCAUCCGUAUGAAGAAAACAAAGAUAAGUUCCUUCCAACGAAUGCGAAAAAAAGCUUGAAAGAUGCCGUAGCAGAAUUAGAAAAGACAAGAGAUUCAAAUGCUCCUCUUGAACCAUUUAAAUCUCCAGACGAAAAAGCCUUCUUUUCUCUUGUUGAAGAAAAAGAACGUGAUAAAAAACCUAGGGGCAGGCCUCCAAAACGAACAUCAUCACCUGUAACAUCUACAGCUUCAUCUGAAGUUAAAAAGUCAAAGACUGCUGGAGCAAAAUCAGAAUUGGCCGAAUCCUCAACCGAAGCGAGUAUGAGGCGUCACAGCACGAAAUUUACCUGGGGAGUAGAAGAAGAUGAUACUAAUUCUCAAACGAGCAGAGAUGGAACUCCUAAAAGAGAAUCGGGAGUUUUGGCGGCAACUGCAACCCCAACUUCUACUAUACCAACACCGCAACGAAUCGGAUUUCUUGGCAUUGGAAAUAUGGGGCACGGCAUGGUUGCUAAUUUAUUAAGAAGUGGUCACGAAGUGACAAUUUGGAAUAGGAGUAAUUCAAAGGUAAGUGAAAAUGAAAUGAAUAUAUGCAUGUCUCGCUCUAUCUUUCACUAA